AUGUUUUUACUCCGCCGGGGUUAUUACUCUUCCACUGUAGGACAGCGGAGGAAGGAAUGGGCUCUGACUCAGCACGCGCUGUCCGGCCCAGGUAUCUUAUUUUCAACGUUAGUGUUCGGCCCAGCCUGUGGCUUCAUCUUAGGUUCUGUCUGUACCAAAGUCUACGUUGAUGCUGUCUUCAUCGACACCAGUAAGCUGGACAUCACCCCAGAUGACCCUCGCUGGAUCGGGGCGUGGUGGGGCGGCUUCCUCCUUUGCGGUGCCUUACUCUUCCUGUCGGCCCUCUUCAUGUUCGGUUUUCCCCAGGCUCUGGACGAGCAAGACAUGGAUGCUGGAGGGGAGAGUGAGCAGGCCAUGCUGCCUUCUUCUAUGACCGUUGAGUACCCGGGCUCAAAACCCAACGGAGCCAUUCAUGGCUUCGAUAUGAACAGCGGACUCUCAGUCUGGGAGCAUCUGAGAGUGAUUCCAAGGGUAACCAGACACCUUCUGUCCAAUCCGGUGUUCAGCUGCAUCACACUGGCAGCCUGUAUGGAGAUUGCCGUUGUUGCUGGAUUUGCUGCCUUCCUGGGAAAAUACCUUGAGCAGCAGUUCAACCUUACAACCUCUUCAGCAAAUCAGCUGCUAGGUAUGACGGCUAUCCCUUGUGCCUGUCUGGGUAUCUUCCUCGGAGGGCUCCUGGUUAAGAAGCUGAACCUGUCUGCUCUCGGUGCCGUCCGCAUGGCCAUGCUGGUCAACCUGGUGUCCACUGCCUGCUACGUCUCCUUUCUCUUCCUGGGGUGCAACACAGGACCCGUUGCCGGGGUCACUGUAGCCUACAGCAACGAGACCCUGCUAUCCUGGCAGCAGCCCGAGUCGGCGUGUAUCAGCAACUGUAACUGUUACACGGCGUCAGUCAGCCCCGUCUGUGGCUCUAAUGGAGUCACCUACCUCUCAGCCUGCUUUGCCGGCUGCACCAAACCAAACCUGAGCAGCUGCACAUGUAUAUCCAGCAACAGCGAGGAGGCAGUGGCUUUACCGGGAAAGUGCCCCAGUCCUGGCUGCCAGCAGGCCUUCCUAACCUUCCUGUGUGUCAUCUGUGUGUGCAGCAUGAUCGGAGCCAUGGCUCAGACCCCCUCAGUCAUCAUCCUCAUCAGAACUGUAAGUCCCGAGCUUAAGUCAUAUGCUCUGGGAGUUCUGUUCCUGCUAUUAAGGCUGAUAGGCUUCAUCCCGCCUCCUCUGAUCUUCGGCAUGGGCAUCGACUCCACCUGUCUGUUCUGGAGCUCCGUCUGUGGGGAGAAGGGUGCCUGCAUGCUGUACGACAACGUGGCCUACAGGCAUCUGUACGUCAGCAUCGCCAUCGUUCUCAAGUCCUCCGCUUUUGUCCUGUACGCCACCACGUGGCAGUGUCUGAGGAAGAACUACAGGAAGUACAUCAAGAACAACGAGGGGUACCUGACGCCGACCGAACUCUUUGCGUCCAAUGUGACACUGGACAAUUUGGGCAAGGAGAUCACCCAGAACCCCACCAACAGGACAAAGUUCAUAUACAACCUGGAGGACCAAGAGAUGUCUGACAACAUGGAGUCGGUUUUAUAGUGGUGCUCUGCACCCAGAGAGCAGACUGGAGCUAUUCGUGUACGUUAAUGCUUCUUUGUCGUCUCCGUUCAGAGAAGUGUCCUCAGUUAGGGGCCUCAUUUCCUUCUCAUUCAAAACAUCUGACAUGUGAAAAAGAAUUGAAGAGAUGUGCCCAACAAAUUGGUAACACCCCGAUUUAGUCAGCUGGAGGCAUAAGCUGUCAUACAAACAUUAGUUUUUUUUCUUCGGGGAUGUUUUUCCCCCCUCUUAGACAGCAACAUAAAGACUGACAGUAAAGGGAAAAAAAAGGGGGAAAAAACUUCUUGAAACAAACCAAAAUCAAAUUUACUAUUAAACCCAAACUUUAGCAGAAAGAUUACUUUUCUGUAGUAUUUCUCAGGUUUGGUUACCAGAAGAUGCAAAAAGUAUAAGAAUGAACACGUUUCCAUACUGCCAUAGGACAGUCUGGACCCCUUAUAGAGUUAAGUGAUUCUUAACACACCAGUGUGUUAAUGACAGGCCCUAAUUUCCUUCAGUUUUCACUCAAAACAAAAAUCGGUCUGUAAGCCAUUAUAACUGCACAGUGAGAAAAGUAAGGGAAUUACAUUCUGUUGUUCUCAAAGUUCUUUAACUAAAUUAAUUAAUCAGUGUCUUAAUAGAUGAUUGAGAGGUGACGUUUACAAUACAUUAACUUUUUUUUUCUGCAGACAGUCAUUUGUAGGAGCUGAGGCAACGUUGCCACAAGACGUGGAUUGCAACAGACUGAUUUACGUUAAUGCGAAAGCAAUUUCUCGCGUUUUUCUUAAAUAUAGGACUGUGGUUACAAUAAGAACUAUCCCUUUACUGGUUGAUAUUUUUUGGUAUGAAUGGAGUAGGACGACAGUAUUUCUCUUUUUCAGAGUCGCAGGACCACGUGGUUUUGCUUUUUUUUUCUUUCUUAAGAAAAAGUGCAUAUUUCAGUCAUAUUAAAGAUACAAACUUGAAGCGUAUCCUUAAACUACUAAAACGGACAUUUCUAUUGCCCAUUCAUUAUGACUUGGGUAAAACAAUAUAUGAGUAACCAAACCUGUGACAUGUCAGUUAGAUGACUAUCUGUGACUCAUUUCACUGUAUCACCACUAUAAUUCCCACCAGUAGAAUCAAAGUUGUUUGAAAAAAGAUACAGAAAUGCAGUUGAGCUAAGUGUUGCAAUACUUGUGGGAAAGCCCCCUGCAGCAGUAAUGCAUGGAUUACGAAGCAACCUGAUCACAACAUGCAGGGGACUUUGCGAUUAAGUCUCACAUGCUUUUUGUAGGACAAAACAGGUGGAGGCUGUGGGGGAGGCUGCCCUCCGCAUUAGCGCCGAUAUCAGCAGCAAAGCUCAUAUUAUGAGCAUGCAGACUCCGAGUGCGAAGACUCUUUAGCAGAACACCUUGGCCAACGUGGAUUGUGGUGUGCUAGCUGUGUGAGCGGACCCAUUGUCCUGGCGGGAUUAGUUCAUUUAAACGCAUGCUGGAAAUGCAUGCAUAGAAACUAACAUAUUUUUUAGAUUUUUCAUAUGAAGACACCCAAAUGCUCAGACGGCUGUCGGCUGUUGUAAUGGAUAAACAUGCAUUUAUCACUAAUGGCCUCCUAAUUCUAUUUUCAACCAUGGAAUAGCUUUAUAAUUCAUACCAUUGUGAUGUAGCUCUUUUAUUUCCAUUCAAACUUCAGCUGACUAUCACUCACACUGAAGUGGUUGAAAUAAUUUUUUCUAGGAAGUUGAACUUAACUUCUUUUUUUUUUUCUUUUUUACAGAAAAUGUAUAAGGAUGUAAUCUAAGCUUACUCUUAUACUUAAAGUAUAUGAUGUAUAUGAUGUGUUAUGAAUCAAAAUAUCUGUUAUGACAAUAGAUUUAAUUUCCAAAUUGUGUACUUUUGAAAUUUGGAGAAAACACUUUAAUGCUUUCUUGCUCACAGACUAGAAGAUGGAUUUCUAGUCUUUUUAGGUCACUGACCAGCAAGAUUUCAGUUUUACCCUGAAUACCUGGAAGCAAAAAGCAUUCAGUAAACCUAGCUUUGGUAAAAGGCGGGAACUAGUUACCUUUUUUAGCUUGAACAAAACUAGCUUCAAAUCAAAAUGUUUGCUUUAGCAGGUUGCCUUUUGGCUCCUGGAGGUCAUUUGAAUAUACUAAGAAGCGCCCAUUAUUCCCUCAAAACUCAUAAGUAUUGUAUUUCAAUUUAGAUUUUUUUUUAAAGCGAGUUAAUAUCAAUAAUAUAUCAAAAUGUAUUGUUUUUGAAAAUAUAUCAUUGUGCAUAUUCAAUAUUUUCAGUUCUCAUAUUUGAGUUUGUCUUGCAUUUUAAUCAGGUGAACGUCCUAGAUUAUUCUAGACAUAAAAUGGAAUUUCAUAUAAUUUGUCAUAAACAGGUAUUGGAUAGUCUUAUGCUUAAACCUAAAUGGACCUAAACAUUUAUAUGAAUCUUGCAAUCAUAAAUACGCAAUACCCCUCUUUUAAACAUAUGAGGCAGUACCACAUUUAAAACAGCUAGGCCCAUGAAGUAAAAAAACAAUUAAAAAGACGUUUCUAAGGUUCUGACAGACAGCAGAAUGAUAAGUAACAUCUGGAUACCAUCUCCGCCUCAACAACCUCCCAGAGGUGGCUCUGUCUUUGAUUUCUGUAACAUCCAGCGUGCGUAGUGCUGACUCCUCUGUACAUAGUAGUGCCAUACAAGUGCCAAAGUGACACCAUACAAGUGUUCUGUGACUUCCCGCAGAGAACUGUAUCUCAACACACUGGAGCAAGGAGCACUUCCUCCAGCUGUUUGUAGCCUCUCUGUGAUAUCCCACUUUUUUCCACCAUAUCGUACAAAUGUGUCCCAGAGAGAUAUUGCCUAUGAAACAUUGUAUAUUGGUCUAGAAAAAAAAAAGGUAUUAUUUAGGAUGUAAUAAUUAUUCAUGUGUAGGACUUUUCUACUAGUGAAGUUCUUGUCUAAUUUAGAUUAAUUUCACUUUCCAUUAGUGGCAAAGCUGGUCAAUAUUGAAUAAAAGAAUAAAUGAAAAUAAUGAAAAAAAAUUGAAAAAACUGCUUGAAUUAAAUGGCACCAAUGUUGAGCUACAACCUGACAUUGUAAAGUAGUAAAGUUUGAUUUCAGAAAAUUAGCCAAACUGCACAGAUUGCAGGCCUGCAACAGUGCCUAGAUGUUUAGCUCUUCUCUGAGACGUUCUGAUUGGAGCCGUGUUGUGCCGUAUCAACCUGUGCACUGUAAUAUUCAACACUCGCGAAAAAGAAGCCAACAUAUUCUCGGUGUGUCAAAUGUACUUGCAAGUGCGAUGGCACUUGCUUGACCUUGUUUCCCACCAGUGGCAACAGGACUGUUUAUUUUGGCACCUAUAUGUGCUUGAGAUGUUUUGCCUUGUGAUGAGAAAAAUAACAUGAGAGCGUAAAUGUUUUUUACAUUCUAUUUUUCUCAUUAUUCUCUUUUGAUGGCCUUGCUUUGUGGUUGACUUUUAUAGCAGAACAGUGGUUAGAUUAUUGACCUGUGAAGAGUUUUCUGCCAAAACAUGCCCCAUAUGCAAAUGCGUCAUAUCUGAGGUGUUCAAGUCAACAUUUUGCCAACAAGUACCAGACGAACUGUAAAUAUGGCCACUGAUCUUUUUAUUGCGCCUGAUCAUUUUUCUGACAUACAGGAAACUCUUCACAGGCAUAUAAUCCUUUGGUUUGAGCCUUUAGGCAGCAUGUUGCCUUUAAAAUGAAACCUUGUACUAACAAUGUUAGCUAUGGAUUUAGAUUGAUACGUUUGCUUAUGUUGUGGGUGGUAUAUAGUGCGUGAAAAUCAAUGCUCUUUGAAGGGGACCUUUGACACAGAAAAGGGCAUUGAAAUAAGAAAAUAUCACCUAUAUUUUGAAAGAUUCACUUCAGAUUUUUAGAUAUGCCCUGUUGCUUAUCAAGAUUUAUUUUUAUUUCUUCCGUUGAACCUCAUGAAUUUAUAUUUUAAAAGCUUUAAGUUAUGUAUAUUUCUUGGAGAAGAUUACAUGAUUGUAUGUUUAUUGUAAAUACAUUAAAUAUACUAUUUUUGUUUUUA